UAUUGCAAUCGGAUUGGAUUAAUUUACUAACAAAUGACUAAAAGAUUGAGAUAGAAGUUAUUUACUUACGAGCUCAUAAAUGCUCAAUCUAAACAUUAUUAAACCUACUUCUAAUGUGUUGUUUUAUGUAAUCUUUUUGUAAAAGAUGUUGGUAUCCCCGAAUUUAUUCAGUUUUUACUUUACAAUUACACUGUUAGUUAUUUUGAUUGUAUUUAUUCUUAAAUACUUUAUCAAAAUAUACCGAAGAGAUCCACGUUUGGUACAAUUUGCUGAAACAAUACCGGGUCCUCCAGAAUCUUCUAUAUUCGGUAGUUUCGCAGAUUUCGUCUAUGGAGAAGAUUCUCUCAAAAAAGCUGCGAGAUAUUUCGAAAAAUAUGGACACAUAUAUAAAUUGUGGUUUGGUAAACAUCUCGUCGUUGGGUUAUCAAAACUGGAAGAUUUAGAAGUGGUUUUUAUGUGUUCCAAAAUGCUAGGGAAACCAGAAAUGUUCGCACCUUUUCACGAUUUUUGGGGUGAUGGAUUAUUUACAGCUUCUGAUCAUCAAUCUAUGAUCAUAGAGACCGUCGUUGAUAUAUGGAAAAAGAAUAGAAAAAAACUAACAUCUGCUUUUGGAAACAACCGAUUCGAGAGAUACACAGCUCCCAUAAAUGAGAAAACUUCAAAUGCUAUUGAAAUUAUUAGGAAUCAAGUCGAUGGUCCGGAAUUUAAUAUUUGGAAUCACUUAUCUUUUUUAUCCUUUGAUAUCAUUUCAAAAUUAAUGUUGAAUGUUGAGCUCAGUUGGGGACAUCCUUUAUCAACUCAAUUUCAUCAGAGUAUGGCAAAAGGAUUACAGAUAAGCUAUGAAAGAAUGUGUAUACCUUGGUUUCAUGUGAAAUUUAUAAGUGAUUUCUAUUAUAAGAAACAGAUAACGGAUAUCAAAACGAAAAUAUUACAAUUUUCUAAAAAGAUAUUGGAUGAUAAAAUGAGUUACAUUACUAACGAAAUUUUACUGCAUAAAGAAAACCCAGAUAAAAUACCAGCUGAUGAAAUUCCACCUAAGUCUUUCUUAACAAGUGCUUAUGAAUUGCUCAAUGAAGGAUAUGAUGAACAUGUCGUACACGAUGAAAUAAUCAAUAUUAUUUCUGGGGGAACUAAUACUACUGCAAGUAUGCUAGGUUUCUUUUUAUUGGCUGUAGCUAUCCAUCAAGAUGUACAGGUUAAAAUAUACGACGAACUUUACGAAAUAUUUGGCGACAGUGAUCGGGACGCAGAAUUUGAGGAUAUUAAGCGACUGCCAUAUUUUGAUCAGGUAUUGAAAGAGGCAUUAAGGAGAUUCCCAUUAGUUCCAUUUGUAUUGAGAGGAGUGCAAGAAGAUUGCAAAAUAGGAGAUCGUGUAUUUCCAGCAGGAACCACCAUUAUGGUUUCUAUAGGGGCGGUUCAUUUCAAUCCCCAGUUUUACCCAGAUCCAUGGAAAUUCAAUCCUGAUAAUUUUAGUCCCGCAGCUGUACAGAACCGACCUAAACUCGCAUACAUUCCAUUCAGUGUUGGUGCUAGAAAUUGUAUAGGUCAAAAUUACGCUAUUUUUGAAUUGAAACUAAUACUAUCAACAUUACUGCGGAAAUUCAGUUUCCACACGACCAUGACAAUGAAUGAUAUAAAGCUGAAUACAGGAUUUGUCAUAGAUGUUCUCAAUGGAUAUAACUUGUCAUUAAAAACUCGUGUUAGGAAACCGUCUUAUUUUUAAUUAAAUUAUCAAUAACAGUGUAAAGAUAAACUGUAAUUUUUCUAAAUACUCAAUAAUCCUUACUCCAACAGAAGUAAUGAUUAAGUAGGUACAUACAAUAUUUUUACAUUGUAACCUCAUAAGAACACAAUAUUUGCGUGAAAAAUUGCAACAAAAAUAAAAGUUGAAAAAAAAGGUAGUUUGUUAUGAGAAAUCGGCAAACUGCAACCAGGUUUUCUUUCUGUUCACUUACCAUGGCAGUUUUGCUCCACUCAAUACCAACAUUUAGAUAAUGUAUGUAAUAAAAUUCUUCAAAAUAAAAAUUUUUAUCUCACGAA